ACGGUCUAGGCGAGUGAGACAUGGCAGGAGCGAGUGCAGAGGAGGAGCCUCUUUUAGUUCCCUCCUCUCGGGAGGAAGAUAAUCGACUGCAGGCGCAAAGUUUAAUACUAGAGACAUGGUUGGAGUCCAAGAAGAUGUGGAAAAUUGCGGCGCCUUCCAUCUUCAGCCGCCUAGCCAUGUUCUCCAUGACUCUCCUAACUCAAGCAUUCGCCGGCCACCUGGGUGACCUGGAUCUCGCCGCUAUCUCCAUAGCCACCACUGUCAUCAUCUCCAUCAGCUUUGGUUUCUUGCUAGGUAUGGCGAGUGCGUUAGAGACGCUAUGCGGCCAAGCUUAUGGGGCGAAACAGUACCAUAUGUUGGGUAUAUACAUGCAGAGAUCCUGGAUUGUUCUGUUUCUUUGUUCGAUUUUGUUACUACCCAUGUUCGUGUACGCUGCUCCCAUAUUGAAGCUCAUCGGACAGUCCACGGCGGUGGCGGAGCAGACUGGAUUGGUGGCGAUAUGGUUGAUACCACUUCACUUUAGCUUUGUCUUUCAGUUCACAUUGCAGAGGUUCUUGCAGUGCCAGCUCAAGACUGCGGUGAUUGCUUGGGUUUCUGGGUUGGCACUUUUGGUCCACGUGUUUGUUACCUGGCUCUUUGUUUAUAAGCUCAAGGUUGGUCUUGUUGGGACUGCAAUUACUCUUGAUUUCUCGUGGUGGUUGUCGGUUUUGGGGCUCUUUGGUUACAGUGUUUUCGGUUGGUGUCCUCUUUCAUGGACUGGCUUCUCCUCUCAAGCUUUUGUUGGGCUCUGGGAGUUUUUCAGGCUCUCUGUGGCUUCUGGGGUCAUGCUGGGGUUGGAGAACUUUUAUUAUAGAGUAUUGAUCAUAGUAGCUGGGUAUAUGAACAACAGCGAGGCUGCAGUUGCUGCCCUUUCCAUUUGCAUAGCUAUCUGUGGGUGGGAAUCCAUGAUUCCACUUGGUUUUUUUGCUGCAACUGGGGUACGAGUUGCAAAUGAGAUUGGAGCAGGCAAUGCAAAAGGUGCCAGGUUUGCCUCAUUCGUGUCUGUGUUGACCUCUCUAGUGGUGGGACUUUUCUUUUGGUCAAUGAUCUUAGCCUUCCAUGAUAAGCUCGCAAUGAUCUUUACGUCAAGCUCUUCUGUUAUUGCAAUAGUAAAUGAACUAGCAGAAUUAUUGGCAUUCACCAUUCUCCUCAACUGCAUUCAACCAGUUCUCUCAGGAGUUGCAGUUGGGUAUGGAUGGCAAGCAAUUGUGGCAUUUAUAAACAUAGGUAGCUACUAUAUGGUUGGAGUACCUCUUGGGAUUCUCUUGGGAUGGCUGUUUCAUUUUGGUAUCAAGGGUAUCUGGACUGGAAUGCUAAGUGGAACUCUUGUUCAAACUUUGUUAUUGGCAAUCAUGACAGUCAGAUGUGAUUGGGAAAAACAGGCACAGAAAGCUCGCGUUCGCAUGGCUGACUCACCAGCAACUUCCGACCUGUGAUCCUGACACAGAAAAUACCCUAUUUGGAUGCUCAUCUCAUAUGAUGGUUCUUAUUUUACCUCUGAGAUGCUUGGCGUACGUACAAGGGAUUCUUUUUCCUUUUUAUGUCCUUUCUAUAUCUUUAUUAAUUUUAACAAGAAAAUGCACAUUCUUGUUACUGCUGCAAUUUGUGAUUUUUUACGCUCCAAGUGUAACGGCUUGUUCCAACCAUGUAAAUAUUCUUUAUUCUAAGUUAAGUUAUUUUUACGGGUUUUAAAAUA